UGGUCUUGAUGAGCAGCAGCAGAGGCUAACAUCAGUCUUUUUUUUUUAUCACUUUACUUCAAUAAACCACAUGUCCACAGACGAGGAUCUGAUAAUACAGCAAGCAUGUGUCAGCGGAUCGAUGACGUUAUGAAGCUGUGCUGUGAGCUAUCUGCCAACCAGCAAAUCAAAAACACAGUGAAAGGCUCUGGGAAGGGAGCAGCAGCUGCUGGGGGGCUGGCCUUUGCUGGAGGCUUGGUCGGAGGUCCUCUUGGGAUUGCAGUGGGUGGUGCUGUCGGAAGCCUCCUCGGCUGUUGGAUGACCAGCGGACAGUUCAAACCACUGCCUCAGAUCAUCAUGGAGCUCAGUCCUCAGCAGCAGCAGAAGCUUUACAGUGAUCUCAUGGUCAUCCUGGGAGACAUUCAGUGGACAGAUGUGGCACAGCUGACUGCUCUGGUGAUGGGCAACACCACCAUGAAGCAGCAGCUCACGGCUGCUCUCCUCGGGUACAUCACAAAGGAGCUCCAGGCAGAGGUGCACUAUGUGGACUAGUGUGUGUGUGUGUGUGUGUGUGUGUGUGUGUACUAAAUAACCUCUACUGGUGGCAUAUACACUCUGAACGAUGGGAUCUUUAAAAAAAAAACUUUUAAUUAUGAAAUCACGUGAAUUUGAACAGUCCUCGUGAAGAGGUCACACCAGUUCAGAGUACAUCAGCAAUGUGAACUGAAGCAGCUGUGUAAACACAGUUAUUUAUGGGAGAAGUGCAAUUAUCAGUUGAAGGACUUAUUUAUUGUCUUAUUUGGCACUGAUAUAACUGAGUGUUGCAGCUAAACUGUUUUAUAUGCAACAGUUAUUUUUACAGGAAAUUAUGGAGUAAAAGAACCAAAAUGCUGUUGUGUAAUAUUUUGAUUUCAAGAGAGUGCCCGUGUUUUUUGCAGAAAUGUGAAUUUGCCAGCUUGUGUCUAUAUAUCAGCCUCUUUCAAUAAAAACUAAACCAGUGUGGGCUUUUCACAGAAACUCCACCACACACUUGUCCGUUGUCAAAUUUAAUACUAGCCCACACCAGUAUGAUUUUUAUGUUUCAAGAUGAAUGCUACAUUUUCAAAAUGUUUUAGUGCUAAAAACCUUAUUCAUUGCUGUCACUGAGACCCAAAGUUCUCUAAUAUUCUUAGAUUUAACUCACAUCUGAUGUAGUUCUAGUUUUGAGAUUCUACUGUAGAUUUUCUUAGAUUUUUUUUAUAAAAUUGAGUGUAUUUUUGCUCUUUUUCCUGUGAAGCACAGUACCAGUAAGUGGAAAAUUUAAUU